AAAUUUGAUUACAAAUACAAAUGAUCCACAAACAUUACAGAAUUUUCAAUCUGAAGUUGGUAUGAUAAUAAAAAUUUUACGUGAUUUCAGUCAUUAUCAUGAUCCAAGAGUUCGUUCAACCGCCCUUCAUUCAUUAAUGAUUUUACAUGAAUCAAAUAUUGAAUUAGAUAUAAGUUUAUAUGGUGAAUUUACUGAUCUUCUUAAUGAUGAAUAUGAAACGGCAAGAAUUACAGCAAUGCGUUUGAUUCAGCUAUUAAGUUGUCAAUAUAAAGAUUGUCCUGUUUGUUUGGAUGAUGGUGAACAAAUUCGUAUUGUUGAUGAUGCUUUCGCUAAACUUUGUUCAAUGAUGAAUGAUUAUUCGAUUGCUGUUCGUGUUGAAGCGGCAAAAUUAUUGGGAAAAUUUACCGAUGUUAGUUUGAAUUUUUUACAUCAAACAUUGGAUAAAAAGUUAAUGUCUGAUUUACGAAAGAAAAAAUCUGCUCAUCAACGACACCGUGAAACAUUGGAAGCCGGUGAAUGGUCAAGUGGCCGAAAAUGGACUGAUGAUUCAGCAGCUGAAGUUAUCUAUCCUGAAACAGUUACAUUAAUGAGUAUUGGUUCUUGUGGUGCUUUUAUUCAUGGUUUGGAAGAUGAAUUUUAUGAUGUACGUAUGGCAUCAUUAGAAUCAUUAUGUAAAUUAGCACAAAUUUAUCCAACAUUCGCUAAUCAAUCAUUAGAUUUUUUAGUCGAUAUGUUUAAUGAUGAAAUACAAGAAAUUCGUUUAAAAGCUAUACAAUGUCUGACAAAAAUUAGCGGCAAAAAUAUUACGCUACGUGAGGAUCAAAUUGAUAUUAUUUUGGCUGUUUUGGAAGAUUAUUCAAUUGGAAUUCGUGAAGCAUUACAUCAAAUGCUGUCGAAUUGUCGACUUACAUCAAAUGUUGCAUUACGUUCAACAAUAACAAGUUUAAAAGAAAAUCUUAAACGUUAUCCUUGUGAUCGUGAAUCAAUAUGGAAUUGUUUUCGUAAACUUGGACAAAAUAAUGUUUAUUUAACAUUAUCGUUGACUUCUGAACUGUUAUUAACACAUCCAUUUUUUCGUUUACCUGAAAAUCCUUUGGAUGAUCCUGAAUAUGUUGCCAUUUUAAUAUUGAUAUUCAACGCUGCACAAGAUUGUCCAAUAAUGAUUGAAUUAUUGGAAAAACAUACCCGUAAACAUUAUAUUUAUCUUAAAGGUUCAUAUCCACAUCUGGUACCAUCAAUUUUACAUUUAUUUGAUAAAACAGCAAAUUUUGAUUUAAAAGUUGAUAUGGAAAAUUGUGAUCAAUUUUUUUUGAAAAUUUUUCAACGUCUACAAAAUCUUGUUCAAAAUGAUAACAAUCAUCAAUGUUGUUCGAUUCAAGUUCAAAUGUCAGCAUUGUCAAAUGCAAUAAACGAUCUACAUAAACUAUCAUUAUUACAUUCAAGCAUUGAACCGGCUUGUAAUUUUUUCUCCACAUAUCUUCAAUGUCAAAUAUCUUUACGAAAGAUUGUAUCGAAUAACAAUUGGAUCAAUACAUUUUUAAUGUCAGCAUUACAAUCAAGUGUAUUUCGUUCAUCAUUACAACAGCUAUUGAGUUCAACAUUUUCAAUGUUAAAUUUAUUUCAUGGUUUACAACCAAAACAUAUUAUUGCUAUACAACAAACUCGUAUUAAAGCAAUGGCAUUACAAUUAAUUGCAAUUAUUCAUGGAUCAAAUGUUUCGGCAUUAGGUUUAUGUGAUGCAUUUUUAUCCGAAAUGACUACAUUGAAACGGUUAUCAAAAGAACAUUGUGUUCAAUUAGAUGAAAUUAUUAACGAUAUGUUCAAGGCAAUUGAUUCACUUAAUCAACCUCGGCCUGGUACUGUUGGUCGAAUUUUACAACCAAUUUUUCUUGAUUCAUCAACAACAAAAAUAUGUGAUCUUAGUAAUAUUCUUGAUCGACAAGCAUUACAAGAUUUUAAAAAAAUAUCCAUGACUAAAGGUGAAAUUGUUGAACCAAUUGAAAAAAUGGAUACAAUUUUGAAAUUUACUGCCGGUUUAGUUUUGGAAGUACCAUUCGUCGCCAAUCUAGAACAUGUUAAAGAUAUUAAAAAUAUUCGAAUCAAAAUUCAAUAUCCCGAUCAACAGAUUCAAUUGAUUCAACCAAAAUUGAAUGAAUUUCGUUUGAAAACUUCAGAUGAUAUUAAUAAUAAUAAUAAUAGUGAUAAAGAUGAUGAUAGUAAUAAUGAUUAUAAAUUGAUGACAAAAAUUUCAUUAUCAUCAUAUGGUGUUUGGUCAGGUCCAUCAUUAAUCGAAAUUAAUUUAUUAUUAGAUUUUCGUGAUAUUCAAUCAUCAUCAUUAUCAACAACACAAAUCUAUAGUUCAUUAUUAACGAAAAGUAGUGGAAUCAAAAGUACUAGAUCAGAAGAUAAUUUAGUUAUUGAAAUAAGUAAACCAGUAAAAUUAAUGAUACAUCCAAUGAAACCAAAAAGAUGUGUAAUUUAGAAAAAUUUUUAAAAUGAAAAAAAUGCCU